AUGAAGGCCGGACACUGCGCCCAACUGAGCUACCGAGGCACCCCCUCCCGAGGGCGGGGAGCCCGGGACCCGGAGAGGGCGCUGCACCGAGGGGGGCGGCGCGGCAGGGGCCCCGGGAGACGGACCGGUCUCAGGGCCCCGCGACCGGCUUUCCCGUGUCACCGCCGCAGGCCCGCCACCGAGCUCCAGGAGGAGGACCGUGAGGACUCCGAUGAAGAACGGGCUCCGAGGCAGCAAGUGAAACCCUGGGUGGCCUUCAGAAGAGAACACAGUAAACACCAGAAGGCAACAUCCAGGGUGCCAUUAAGCAAGGAAUAUAGUUUGAAGGAAUUGUCAGGAACAGCAAAUUGGAUGACUGCAAGUGACUCAGAGCAUGCCCAGAAACCAGUGUCCCCUCCUGGAGAAGCAUGUGCCUUUGAAAAGCACACUAGACAAAAAUUGGAACUCGGGAGAAAGGAGAUUGAUGUGAAGAUGUACAGCCCACAAGAAAGAAAGGGCUAUGUGUACCAAGAGGUCAAUGAUCCCCAGGAUGACGACUACCUUUAUUGUGAGAAGUGUCAGAACUUCUUCAUCGACAGCUGUGCAGUGCAUGGGCCCCCUACAUUUGUAAAGGACACUGCAGUGGACAAGGGGCAUCCCCACCGCUCAGCUCUCACCCUGCCCCCUGGAUUGAGAAUCGGGCCAUCGGGCAUCCCUGAGGCUGGGCUUGGAGUGUGGAAUGAGGCAGCGGACUUGCCAGUGGGUCUGCUCUUUGGCCCUUAUGAAGGACACAUCACAGAAGAUGAAGAGGCAGCCAAGAGCAGAUACUCCUGGCUGAUCGCCAAAGGGAGAAACUGCUAUGAGUAUGUGGAUGGAAAGGACAGAUCCUGGGCCAACUGGAUGAGGUAUGUGAACUGUGCCCGGGAUGACGAAGAGCAGAACCUGGUGGCCUUUCAAUACCACAGGCAGAUUUUCUACCGAACCUGCCGGGUCAUCAGGCCGGGCUGUGAGCUGCUGGUCUGGUGCGGGGACGAGUAUGGCCAGGAGCUGGGCAGCAAGUGGGGCAGCAAGUGGAAGACAGAGCUCAUGGCCAGGAGAGAACCAAAGCCAGAAGUGCACCCAUGUCCCUCCUGCUCUCUGGCCUUCUCCACUCAGAAAUUCCUCAGCCAGCACGUGAAACUCAAUCAUCCCUCUCCGAGUCUCCCGGGAACAUCUGCAAGAAAACACCUCCAAGCAGAGGAACCCUGUCCAGAGGAUCAGAAUCAGCAGCAGCAACGUACUGGUACACACAGCUGGAAUGAUAAAGCUGAAGGUCAGGAAGUCAGAGAAAGGUCCAAACCUUUGCUUAAAAGGGUCAGUCAGAGGAGCAUCUUAAGGCCUUUUUUCCAACCUUCCAAAGAACGAAUGAGGAGCUCUAGUGAGCAUGAGAGGAUGAUGGAGGAAGAGCCCUGCAGAGGCCAGAAAGAGAGUCCAGAGGACACAGGCAAGUUAUUUGUGAAAGCAGGAAUGUCAAAAAUUGUAACAAUGGAGCACAGAGGGUGUUGGCAAGGCUUCAGUGAUGGGUCACAGCUCAUCACACACCAGGGGACACACUCUGGGGAGAAGCCCUAUGUUUGCAGGGAGUGUGGGAGAGGCUUUACAUGGAAGUCAAAUCUCCUUAGACACCAGAGGACACACUCAGGGGAGAAGCCCUAUGUUUGCAGGGAGUGUGGACGAGCCUUUACCUGGAAGUCACAUCUCAUCACACACCAGAGGACACACUCAGGAGAGAAGCCCUAUGUUUGCAGGGAGUGUGGGCAAGGCUUUACCUGGAAGUCACAUCUUAUCACACACCAGAGGACACACUCAGGGGAGAAGCCCUAUGUUUGCAGGGAGUGUGGACGAGCCUUUACCUGCAAGUCACAUCUCAUCACACACCAGAGGAUACACUCUGGGGAGAAGCCCUAUACCACCCUGUGCAGGAAGCUGGGUGCUUACACAACACCCCCCACCACGCCCACCUACCAGUGGCUGCCAGCCACCAUCCUUGUUUUGAAGUGCAGGCUCCAAGAAGUGACUGCAGCCUGA